AUGCCACGACCAAAUCGAUCACCAUUAUUCUUUUAUGCUCGGGACUAUCAACGUCGUCAUGGUCAACGAAUGAAUAUUAAUGAAGCAAUAACUGCAUGUUAUGAUGAUUGGAAAGCAUUAUCAGAAGAAGAAAAACAACCAUAUAAAAUUCAAUAUGAAGAAUGGCGUAUACAAUAUCGUGUAAAUCCUGAAUCAGUCAAUGUAUCAAAUCAAUAUGUAAAAAAUAAAAAACAAAUUAACAAUGAUAAUAUUCUUCAUGAACGUGAUAUACCAUGUGAAGAAUUAAAACAUCAUUAUGAUCGUUUUACUAUAGAAAGAAAUUUUUUAACAAGUGAAUAUUUACCACUUGAUAUAAGUGAAUUAUUAUUAAUGCCAAUAUAUAUAAUUAAUUUUCAAAUAUUCUGUAAAGUUGAUGAAGAAGAUGGUGGACAAUUUAUUCCAGCUGAAAUGUGUAUUCUACGUUAUACAUUAACUGAAGGUGUAACAAUGUAUAGACAAAAAUUUAUGAAACCUGAUAAAAUUCCAUCAGGUUAUAUGUCAUCAUGUUUAGAACAUUUAAAAGAAACACAUCAAAUUCCACUAAACAAUUUUAGUGAAGCAACAGAUAAUUAUGAAGAAAUUUUUUAUGAAUUAAAAUCAUUUCUUCUAUCAACAACAAUUAAUAAAAUAAAUCAUAUUUCGAAUAAUGAUGAUCGAACACGUCGACGAUAUCUUCGAUUAACACAACCAUGUGUAUUUUUUCCAUCAUUAGAAUAUGAACAAACUUAUACAUUACUCGAUUGGUUACAAGAAAAAGCCGAGGGAAUAAAACCAACAAAAGAUACACGUCUUGUUAAUUUAGCAAGUAUUGAAUCAUUAAUUAUGAUUUUAGCUGAAUUAAAAAAAUAUCAUGUAUCACGUGAUGAUAUACAAAAAACAUUUGCAAAUGCAGCUUAUUCAUUUAUGAUUGAAGAACGUUGUCCAUAUCAUUUACAAUUAGGUAUAAGUCAUUGUUCUAUAGCACGAUGUCAUGCAGCAGCUAAACUUAUUUCUGCUUAUUUAAAUCAAUUAUAUGUACCAGAAAGAUCAACAACAGGAAGACAUUCUCAAAAUUCAAUUGUAAACAAAACAAAUCAAUCAUCAAUAGAUUCAAUGAAUACUAUGUCAAAUCGAGUAGAACAAUCAUUAGCAGCUAGACCUACAAGAACAAUAACUGAAAAAUUGAUAUCAAAUCAAUAUUCUUCAACAGAUACAACUGAUUCAAUUGCUACAUCUUAUUGUUCACUUGAUCAAAGAAAACAAAAUGAAUUUUAUCAAUCAAAUGAUGAUGAAAUUACUAAAUUACAACAACAAAAUUUUCAUCGUUUACUUUCAAAUGCUGAAUCUACAUAUCCAUCGAAUAAUAAUAAUUAUUUAUCUGAAUAUACAAUUGAUAAUAAUAGUCAAAUAAGUAAUCAUUCUAAUAUGCAACGAAAUAUUUUAAAUCAACGUAAACAAAUAUUACUCAAAGCUAUUCAAAGUAUUGAUAAACAAAUAGAAGAACUUGAUAUACAUUGUGAUCAAUAG